CCAAGGCCUUAGUCAUUUCAGGCAACUCAUUUUAUUCUUUUGGAGAAUACAUAUCACAAGCAAUUUUCUAAAUUUCUCAAAUUAACACAGGGAUAUAAGAUGCAGAUAAUUUAAAGAUGUCACCUUGGGCUCUGGAAUGAGAAUUUUUCACUAAUAUCUGACUUUAAAAAAAAAAAUCAAACUAAUUAUUAAUCCCAAAAAUGAUUAGCAGAGUUACUGAUGAGGAAAGUAUUGCUAGAUGCAUCCCUAUAAAGUAGAUUAAUAACUUCUAUACUGAGCAAACUGGACAGUGACCAGUCAUAGUCUACAGAGGUUUUGAAGUACUACUCAUAUUUUAUUUGUUUACAUUUUCUGCUAUGUUAUAAGCAUAAACUUUAUUGCCAAGUAUUUCAAGAACACAAAGAAUUUGAUUCCAGCUCAAUGCCCACCCAAUGUGCACAACAUAAAAACAAAAUAAUUACACAAUAUAUACAAGUCAAAAAUCACAAUUAUAAUUAAAUAAUUAAACUAUGCAUCUACUCCCUUACAUUUUUAAGGGAAAUGUACUUUUGUACUAUGGAUUAGGGAUUUAAAAAAAAACAUCUUAGGCUCCAAGUUUCACCUCUGUCAGUUACAACUGUGUAGUCACCAGCCUAAUACAUCAGUAAUAGUCCAAUAGAGCAGUCUGACAGGGGCCAUUGUGCCACACAGGUUGGUUUAUCUAGGGCAGCGAUUAACAGCUAUUUUAAUUACUUUUCAAUCUGCCGACUAGCUUCUUGAUUAACUGAUGAAAAGUUUUGACUAUAACAUGUAAGAGAAGCGCGUACUCCCAUUUUAGCUCAACGUGUUGUCUCCAAGUUCCUGGUUUUCUUCAACUACCUUCUGACAGAGGCUGUAGUUUAGGGAAGAGGCGUGGUUGCUGGCCGCCUGCAGGCGCAUUCACGGUUUGGUGCAGCGCUGCACAAGGAGGGGGAGGAGGAGGAGGAACCACUAGUGGGAAAAAGUUAAAGUAAAAUGGCUUCCUUGUCUUUGGAACCUACAGAACAAUCUGAGAACAGCCCGGAGGAGCCAACGGCAACGGAGUGCAAAAAAGAGAAAGACCCAGUCUUAGUUUCGGAACAGCUGCUCCAGAGUUUCCAAAAGUCGGCUCUACGUUUUUCCACUGACCAAGUAUCAUGUCUCUGCGAGGCCCUUCUGCAGGCGGGCAAUGUGGAUCGCUUGUGGAGAUUUCUGUCCACCAUACCUCCUUCGUCCGAGUUGCUACGUGGCAACGAGACCCUGUUGAAGGCCCAGGCACUGGUGGCUUUCCACCGGGAGGAAUUCAAGGAGCUGUACACUAUCCUGGAGAGCCACGACUUCCACCCGUCUAACCAUGGGUUCCUACAGGACCUGUACCUGAAAGCCCGCUACAAGGAGGCGGAGAGAACCCGGGGCCGCAGCCUGGGCGCAGUGGACAAAUACCGGCUCAGGAAAAAGUUUCCCCUGCCCAAAACUAUCUGGGACGGAGAGGAAACCGUGUACUGCUUCAAGGAGAAGUCGCGGAACGCACUGAAGGAGUGCUACAAGAGCAACAGAUACCCCACUCCGGACGAGAAGAAGAACCUGGCCAAGGUCACCGGACUGUCCCUCACUCAGGUCAGUAACUGGUUCAAGAACCGCAGGCAGAGGGACAGGACCCCGUCCGGGACCCACAGCAAAAGCGAGUCUGAUGGCAACCACAGUACUGAGGAUGAAGCCAGCGCCAUGGACGACACCCCUGACAAACCAGAGGAUGUCGCUGGCUCCACAGCUCCCAUCAUCUCUCUCUCUGCAGCCCCUUGUAGCACAGGAGGUCAGCUUAUCCUCAACGGUUCCAGUGGCUUCCUCACAGCAUCUCCGCCAUUAUUACUCAGUGGAAAUUCUCUGAUCUCUGGUGCUGGUGCUGGCGUCAUAAUUAACGGGCUAAACUUGGGCGACUGCCAGACGGUCACUUUGAGUCCUGUAGCCACCAACUCUCCUUUGAUAUUGAAUGGGGCUCAGGUAAUAACCAAGCCACAAGACAUUUCUGUGGCAGAGCCGGAGGUUUCAACCAUGGAAGCCAAGACGAGUAGUCUUCCAGCAGCUGGUCUUCGCACUAACGACACUCCGGUCUCAAAUCCUCCAUCCAUCAUCUCUCUUCCACUGCAAACCAAUACAGACAGUGGCAAAGCAAUGGAUUACAUCAGUGUGCCUGAAUCAGAAGGCAGUAGCCAAAAAAUAUCUUCCUCUUCUUCUUCUUUAUCACCCUCUUCACCAACUCUGUCCGCCCCGGCCACUCUCCCUUCACUAGUGCUAACACAAAACACCCAGGAGCCCCUCACCCUCCCAGCGUCUAUGUCCUCUGCAGGCAUGGCUGUCUCCAGUUCUGCUGUGCCGCUGACCAGUCAGCAAGGGGAGUAUGUUGUCUUUGCCACUGCCGGCUCCCAGGUAAACCCUUCUUGCCCUGUGGGUUCCUCCAGCAAUACCACCCCUCAGGUCUUUUCUCUGCCCCAGGUUGUGCCUUCUAUCCAGGGUAUACCAGUAUCCCAGCUGGUCCAGCACUCUUCAGGAGCCCAGGUGCCCCAGUGCCCCCAGCUGGUUCCAGUAUCGCCCCUCACCUCAUCAGCUCCACAGUUUCAAAGCCCCCAGACAGUGAACACGGCCAGCAGACUGGUGCAACAGCAGCAGGAUGCUUCAGCAGCGCUUCCCGAAGGUGCCACAGCCAUAGUCUCGCAGCUUAACAGCAGCAGUCAGCUGUCACAGCGACUGGCACAGCACCUGGGGGACCAAACCACAAACUCCACACCCACUAAAAUUCAGGCCCCACAGGUUAUCUCCAUAUCUUCCCCAACGCAAGCAGUCCCAGUCCCCCAGGCCAAAGGCCUCUCCAUGCCUCAGCUGAUCCCAGUCUCCCCCAUCCAAACUUCUUCUGCCAUCUCGUUCCCUCAAGUGGUACCUGGCAGCCCUACUCUCUCCAUCCCCUCCGCUGGAGUGCCCUUACAGAUCCUGACUUCAGCUCCUACCACUGGAGCCGCCACUCAGGGUCCUCUCAGGAUAAACCAGCUAAGGCCCAUUCAGAGUGUGGGUACGUCAACCAGCGUGGCCCCUGGUGUGCAGCUCCUCAACUCUGGGAUCAUUCAGCUGCCCUCUGCUCCUCCAGGUAAUCUUCUCCUUGGUGGAAGCCCCUACCUGAGUGUCCAGCAAGGCAAGCUGAUUCUCACCAUCCCAGCAGGCAUUCAGCUCACCAAUCUGCCCCUGAAACCCGUCACCGAGGCUUCACCCAUCUCUGCUAACGGAGCAAGUCCAGUUCUCACCCCCUCCAACAUUCCUGUAGCCUCCCAGCUUUCAUCCACCUCAAGCCACACCCCCAUUGUCCUUGGAUCAUCUCCCCUGAACUUCAUCAACUCGUCUCCACCGUACCGUGCUCCAGAGACGGGGUCUGCAACCAGCCAGACCCCUGCCAUUCCCUCCCCUCAUACCCUGGACCACUCCGUCAUCCCCACCCCACAGAACACUCUCACUCCAGAAAGCAUGCUCACACUCAGUCCUAUGUACAGUGGAGUGACACCCAACACCCAGUUGUCCCAGCCAGCAUGGAGCCCUGUGCCCCUCUCCACUUCAGCCAGUCUAACUCUGUUUGACAUGCGCAGCAAGGGUGACCUGCCUGUAGACCCGGCUUUGUUAGGCCUACCUGGCGGAGAGUCGCUGCUUUUGGGAAGCCCCUCUCCAGAGCAGGAUGUGGAAGCCAGCUCACCACUGGGGAAUCCAGAGGAGAUGGAUGGAGACUCCAAGAUUCUUACUCAGCUCCAGUCCGUACCUGUGGAUGAUGAGCUAGGCUUGUAGUGCGUUUACCUUGCUGGGCAACCCUGCAUCUCUCAAAAACAAAAACAAUGAAGCAUGCAGUAGGUUACAGACUGUUUCUUUUUAAUGAUCUACAGGAUUUUCUUCCAUACUGUCAAUCCUAAAUGUCUUUUAAAGUAUGUUUAUGUUCUGACAUAAACAACAAUACAACAGUAAUACCACCCUGGUCUCAGAUAAACCCUCUGUGGCAGGGUUACAUGGGAUAUUCAUCUGCUGGUUCAACAUCAGAGUAGUCCCGUGGG